AUGGAAUCAGAAAGUGACAUCAAAACGACACCGAGAGGUUUUCACUGCGUCCUGUGUAAGGUCAACGUACCAAAUCAGUCAAGUGUGGAUCAGCACGUCAAAGGGCGCAAACACCAAACAUUAAGCAAUGUUCGAACCACCAGGAAGACUCAGGAGCAGCACAGCGUGUUUGUCAGCGGCAUCAAGCCUGACAUCUCGCAGGCUGAUCUGGUUGAAUACUUCCAGAAAUUUGGGACUGUUUCUGACAUUAUCUUGGAUAAAGAUAGGGGUGUAUUUGCCAUUGUGCAGUUCAGUGAGACAGACAGUAUUCAGGCAGCUUUGUCUUGCAUAGAGCAUCGUAUGAAAGGUUUAAAUCUACGUGUCAAACCCAGAGAGAAGAAGGAAUUUGCGUACAUCCCCAAAAAGAAGUGUGACUUGCAGAACCUGCAACAAGUUCUGGACCGCCUAAAACCCCAACUGUGUCAGCUGCCUUCUGUUAAUGCUCAAAUGCAGUACAUUGAGAGCAGGUUCCAGCUUGGAGAUGCCGAGAAGAAGGCCCGGAACUUGCUGGUGCAACUCUUGCAGGAGAUCUUUGUGGAGUUUUUUCCAGACAGUCAAAUUCUGCAGUUUGGUUCAUCUGUCAACACGUUUGGUAUUCAUUCCUGCGACCUGGAUUUGUUUCUGGACUUGGAGAACACUAAAGUCUUCCAGGCCCGUGCCAAGUAUACAUCAGAGGCAGCUGAGUGCAUGUCUGAUGAUGGCCGCUCUGAGGACUCCAUCCUGUCUGACAUUGACCUCAGCACGGCCUCCCCUGUAGAGAUUCUGGAACUAGUGGCCACCAUCCUGCGGCGGUGCGUUCCUAGCGUCCACAAAGUCCACAUGGUGAGCAGUGCUCGGCUCCCAGUGGUGAAAUUCCAUCACCGUGAGCUCAAUUUGCAAGGGGACAUAACGGUCAACAACAAACUUGCUGUAAGGAAUACACGCUUCCUCCAGCUGUGUUCAGGAAUAGACCACAGACUGAGGCCUCUGGUGUUCACCAUUCGUUACUGGGCCAAACAGAAGCAACUGGCUGGUAACCCCAGUGGUCCUGGUCCAUUGCUCAACAACUAUGCUCUGACACUGCUUGUCAUCUUCUUCUUGCAAAAUUGUGAGCCUCCUGUCAUCCCUACUGUGGACCGCCUUAAAGACAUGGCCUGUGAAGAAGAGGAGUGUCUGAUUGAAGGAUGGAAUUGCACCUUCCCCAGUCAGCCCAUUGCAGUGCCCCCUAGUGGAAACACUCAAGACCUCUGCACUCUUUUGGCUGGUUUCUUCUCCUUCUAUGCCAAGUUUGAUUUUGCAAGUAGUGUCAUAUCUCUGAGGGCGGGGCGUGUACUCCCAAUCACAGACUUCCUGUGUAACAAAGAUAAUUACAACAAAGAUAAAGACCAGGAAAAGAACACCAAACCACAGCAGAGUGGACCAAAACUGGGACCCCUCAAUAUUUUGGACCCCUUUGAGCUUUCACAUAAUGUAGCGGGAAACCUGAACGAGCGUUCUCAGAAAUGCUUCCAGAAGGCAUGUCAGGAUGCCGAAAAGUACUGCCGCAGCCUCCAGUACCUGCGCAAGUCUACAAAGGGGAAGAUGUGGGGGCUAGUGCGCCUAUUUACCCCUGAUGGGGGAGUUGAACAAACGACACCAGACGAGCUGAACAUAAGCAUCCCUUUCAAAUCGUUCGCGCUCCCGGAAGCCCUCCGCAAUCAGCUGCAUGUGGCGGGAGAUGAUUUCAGGUCAUUGUGGUUUGAAAAGGUGUGCACUUGUGUGCAGAAGGUAUUUCAAAGUGUCCUCAGAUGUGAGCUCACUUUGUCUGCGGGUUUCGGCGUUUCAGAGGAUUUAGCCGCCGACGUAUCUGUGGAAAUGGAGACCAGUUCAGGCUCACUUAAUACUUCAGCUAAUGACAGCCUGAACUCGCCUACCAAUGCUGCUCAGGUGGGCGCCAAACGGCGACUCUCUGCCAGUGACGAGACAUCACUCUCCCCCCAAGGAAAAAAGGCAAGGAUGUCCAAAAGGGGCAAGCGGGAGCUCCCUUACUGGCUAUGGGUGCAGAAACACUCUGUGUGGGCCGGCAGGAGGAAAGUGAGGCGUGAGAUCAUCAAAGACGCCGACCUUCAACCCGAGGGAAGCUGCAUGGAUCUGGAGACCAGAGUCACAGAUCGCAUCAUUGAGAAAGAAGAGGAGCUGAAGGAACCGCUUGAGUUCAAGGUUCAGCCUCAUGUGGUGGGUGGGACAGAGAACACAAGAACAGUGUUGAAGUUGGAGCCGUGCAGCGACCGGGCUGGAGUUCUUCAGGACUUUGUUCAUUUCCUGGACGCUUUCCUGCCCAAGAUGGUAGAGUCGUUGCUGGAGAAAGAAGCAGGGGGUAGCUAA